AAUCUCUUGAUUUCUAAAGUCUAUUUAGUGAAAUAUUGAUUUUCUCGAGAGGCAGGGAGCGCAUACUGCUCAUGCUCGUUCGCUCCGACUUUCGGUCGUGUUGGACCGCUGGUGAUGCGGUCGAAGCAUGUUCGUCGCGACAUCGCGACAGCUUGUUAUUACCUCUGAGAUGUUUAUUACACGUUGAGCUUUACCGUUGCUUUAUACCGAAGAUGUAGUCUAUAGAAAUUGCCGUAAAGGCAGUGUCCAUCGUUUUCCGCAAACAGCUAAAAGAAAGGCCUCACCAUUGCGAAUAUAAUUCCUAUUAUGAUGCUGGGGCGGAAGCAGAGCCUCAAGGGGGAACCCGUCCUGGCUGAUUAUGGUCCGGAGGAGUCCCUCAAUGAGAGCGCUGACAUAGAAUGGGUCAACAAGUUAUGGGUGAGGAGAUUGAUGCGAUUUUGUGCCCUAGUUUCAUUGGCUUCCGUUUGCUUGAACACGCCAAAAACCUUUGAAAAAGUACCGUCCCUCCAAUACGUCACCUUUAUUUGCGAUCUGAUAGUCACGUUUCUAUUCACCGCUGAAAUGAUCGCCAAGAUGCACAUACGAGGAAUACUAAAGAGGGAUAAGUCCUAUUUGAAAGACCAUUGGUGCCAAUUCGACGCUAGUAUGGUGAUCUUUCUCUGGCUGUCUGUGAUCCUGCAAAUGUUCGAGAUGCUGGGUUUCCUCAUAAAGUUUAGUUACGCUUCGGUUAUGCGGGCACCAAGGCCACUGAUCAUGAUACGUUUCCUCCGAGUCUUCCUCAAAUUUUCGAUGCCCAAAGCCAGAAUCAAUCAAAUUUUUAAACGCUCGAGCCAGCAAAUCUACAACGUGACGCUUUUCUUUCUGUUCUUCAUGUCCUUAUAUGGUCUCUUGGGUGUGCAAUUCUUCGGCGAGCUAAAAAAUCAUUGCGUAUUGAAUACAACCGAGCCGCAUUACAUCACGAUAAAUAGUUUAGCUAUUCCCGACACGUUUUGCUCCACCGAUCCGGAGUCUGGAUAUCAAUGCCCCGAAGGAAUGAUUUGUAUGAAGCUGGAAUUGUCCAAGUAUAUUAUAGGCUUCAAUGGAUUUGACGAGUUUGCCACCAGCAUCUUCACCGUGUACCAAGCAGCUUCUCAAGAAGGAUGGGUCUUUAUCAUGUACCGUGCAAUCGACAGUUUACCAGCUUGGCGCGCGGUUCUUUACUUCAGCACGAUGAUAUUCUUUCUGGCUUGGUUGGUGAAGAACGUCUUCAUUGCUGUCAUCACCGAGACCUUCAAUGAAAUCCGAGUGCAGUUUCAACAAAUGUGGGGCGUUAGAGGUCACAUUAGCAAUAGUUCAGCAUCGCAGAUAUUGACUGGAGAUGACAAUGGUUGGAAGUUGGUAACAUUAGAUGAGAAUAAACACGGAGGUCUGGCGUCUCCAGCGUGUCACACUAUUCUCAGGUCGCCGUAUUUUCGUAUGGUAGUAAUGUGCGCAAUUCUAGCAAACGGUAUCACCACCGCAACAAUGAGCUUCAAGCAUGAUGAAAAACCGAGAAACACGUAUUACGAUAAUUAUUAUUGGGCCGAGAUCAUCUUCACAAUACUUCUAGACUUAGAGACGCUCUUCAAGAUAUGGUGCCUGGGAUUCCGGAGUUAUUACAAGCAUUCGAUUCACAAGUUCGAAUUGCUGCUUGCCAUCGGCACAACUAUACAUAUUAUUCCGUUCUUUUAUCUCUCUGGAUUCACUUAUUUUCAGGUUCUCAGAGUUGUCCGGCUUAUUAAAGCGUCACCGAUGUUAGAGGACUUUGUAUACAAAAUUUUUGGUCCUGGCAAGAAGCUUGGCAGUCUCAUUAUUUUUACCAUGUGCCUGUUGGUGAUAUCUUCCAGCAUUUCCAUGCAGCUUUUCUGCUUCCUUUGUGAUUUUACCAAGUUUGAAACUUUUCCCGAGGCAUUUAUGUCUAUGUUCCAAAUUCUCACGCAAGAAGCCUGGGUCGAUGUCAUGGACGAGACUAUGUUGCGAACUCAUGAGACGAUGGCACCUCUAGUCGCAGUAUAUUUCAUUUUAUAUCAUCUCUUCGUCACUCUGAUUGUAUUGAGUCUUUUCGUCGCAGUGAUCCUGGACAAUCUUGAGCUGGACGAAGAUAUAAAGAAAUUGAAACAAUUGAAAUUUCGUGAACAAAGCGCCGAGAUAAAGGAGAGCUUGCCAUUCAGACUGAGGAUCUUUGAAAAAUUUCCAGAUAGUCCGCAAAUGACAUGUCUUCAUAAAGUACCGUCAGACUUCAAUUUGCCGAAGGUACGUGAGAGCUUUAUGCGACAGUUUGUGAUUGAAGUAGAAGACGAGGAGAAUGAAAUUGCUAAAAGAAUUAACGAGACCUUCGAUUCAAAAAUAGUGUACAGAAAACAACGCCCGGUAAAGAUCUUAAACAAUCCGCCGAAGGUGAGAAGUGUCGUCACUAAUUUGAAGAAAGCAGCUGUCAUUUAUAUCAUAAAUGACUCCAACAAUCAGAGAUUGCUAUUGGGAGAUUCUGCCAUGAUUCCAGUACCAGGAAAGGGACUUUUAAAACCGCAAGGUACUGUGAGCAGCGCUAAACAACUUCGCAUUGAUCAGAAAAAAUCAAUCAGAAGAAGCGUCCGAAGUGGAUCGAUCAAACUCAAGCAGACAUAUGAGCAUCUCAUGGAAAACGGAGACAUAGGCGGAAUAAACAGAGUUAGUUCGGCGCGCAGCAGGCCGCAUGAUUUAGACAUUAAGUUACUUCAAGCUAAGAGACAACAGGCGGAAAUGCGAAGAAAUCAACGAGAAGAUGAUUUGCGAGAGAAUCAUCCGUUCUUCGAUACGCCAUUAUUCGCGGUGCCACGCGAGAGUAAAUUUCGAAAAUAUUGUCAGCUGUUCGUCUAUGCAAGAUACGAUGCGAAAUUGAAAGAUCCUUUAACGGGCAAGGAAAGGAAAGUGCAAUACAAGAGCUUGCACAACUUCCUCGGUCUAGUGACUUAUCUCGAUUGGGUGAUGAUAUUCAUCACGACGUUGUCAUGCAUCUCGAUGAUGUUCGAAACGCCGAAAUAUCGCGUGAUGGAAGAACCGGCGUUGCAAAUUACCGAAUAUUGCUUCGUUAUCUGCAUGAGUAUCGAAUUGGCGCUCAAGAUUUUGGCUGAUGGUUUGUUCUUCACACCCAAGGCUUACAUCAAGGACGUCGCCUCUGUAUUGGACGUCUUCAUUUACAUCGUGAGUCUUGUGUUUUUAUGCUGGAUGCCGAAAAGUGUGCCACCGAAUUCCGGAGCACAAUUGCUGAUGAUAUUACGAUGUGUCAGACCAUUGAGGAUCUUUACUCUUGUACCGCACAUGAGAAAAGUCGUUUAUGAACUUUGUAGAGGAUUCAAAGAAAUUUUGCUGGUAUCGACAUUAUUGAUUCUGUUAAUGUUUGUAUUCGCAAGCUAUGGUGUACAAUUGUAUGGCGGUCGAUUAGCGAGAUGUAAUGAUCCCACUAUCUUGAAACGCGAGGAUUGCGUUGGCGUGUUCAUGAGAAGAGUGUUCGUGACGAAAAUGAAGCUGCGACCAGGGAAAAACGAGAGUUAUCCGUCCAUUUUAGUACCGCGAGUUUGGGCUAAUCCCAAACGAUUUAAUUUUGAUAAUAUCGGUGAUGCGAUGAUGGCUCUGUUCGAAGUACUUUCUUUCAAAGGCUGGCUCGAUGUGCGGGAUGUUCUUAUUAAAGCUCUCGGUCCUGUUCAUGCAAUCUAUAUACACAUUUAUAUCUUCCUCGGUUGUAUGAUUGGUUUAACGCUGUUCGUGGGUGUCGUAAUUGCGAAUUAUUCCGAGAACAAAGGCACCGCUUUGCUCACGGUUGAUCAGAGACGAUGGUGUGACUUGAAGAAACGUUUAAAAAUCGCCCAGCCGUUGCACUUGCCGCCGAGACCGGACGGCAAAAAAUUCCGAGCUUUCAUCUAUGACAUUACGCAGAACAUUUAUUUCAAACGAUUCAUCGCUGUCAUGGUGCUUAUAAAUAGCGCUUUGCUGUGCGUUUCUUGGAGAAUCGAGGAGGAACACACGGAAGCGCUGGCUACGGUCUCCACGAUUCUGACACUGGUCUUCCUCGUGGAAGUAAUCAUGAAAAACAUUGCUUUUACACCACGUGGCUAUUGGCAGUCCAGAAGAAACAGAUAUGAUUUGCUCGUGACAGUCGUGGGCGUUAUCUGGAUUGUCAUACAUUGCACGAUGAAGAAUGAUCUAUCCUACGUGAUCGGAUUUAUGGUUGUGAUCCUCAGAUUCUUCACUAUCACCGGUAAACACACGACUCUCAAGAUGCUGAUGUUGACAGUCGGUGUGUCUGUCUGCAAGAGUUUCUUCAUCAUAUUUGGCAUGUUUCUCCUUGUCUUCUUUUAUGCACUAGCCGGCACCAUAAUUUUUGGUACUGUGAAGUACGGAGAAGGCAUAGGAAGACGUGCUAAUUUUGAGUCACCAGUCACCGGCGUGGCAAUGCUCUUUCGCAUAGUGACGGGAGAGGAUUGGAACAAAAUUAUGCACGACUGCAUGAUACAGCCACCUUAUUGUACACCAGCGGGUAAUUACUGGGAAACGGAUUGUGGCAACUUUCACGCUUCCCUGAUUUAUUUUUGCACCUUCUACGUCAUUAUUACUUAUAUCGUCUUAAAUCUUUUAGUGGCUAUUAUCAUGGAGAACUUUUCUUUAUUUUAUUCGAAUGAAGAAGAUGCGUUAUUAUCAUACGCCGACAUAAGGAACUUCCAGAACACGUGGAAUGUAGUUGAUAAUCAUCAAAAAGGUGUUAUACCGGUGAAGCGGGUGAAGUUUAUCUUACGGUUAUUGAAGGGUAGAUUAGAGACUGAUCCACAGAAGGAUCGCCUACUCUUCAAGUACAUGUGCUACGAGCUGGAACGAUUGCACAAUGGUGAGGACGUCACUUUUCAUGACGUUAUUAAUAUGUUAUCAUACCGUUCAGUGGACAUAAGAAAAGCGCUCCAAUUGGAGGAAUUGCUCGCCAGAGAAGAGUUCGAAUAUAUAAUCGAAGAGGAAGUAGCCAAACAAACUAUUAGAACUUGGUUACAGGGUUGUUUGAAAAAAAUACGAGCGAAGCAGCAGAACAGUCUUAUCGCCGGACUUCGUGCUACGAAUAAUGCGGCUGCGUUGAAGGAGGCUCAAGAGGAGAAAAGCAAAGAGGAAAAAGGCAAGGAAAUUAGCGUCGAUCGUGAAGAAGAGAUCGAGACAAAGGAUGUCGAAGCUCCGAAACAUAGAGUUAAAAAACCGGUAGUGCUUCCAAGAUCAGACAGCAUAGGAAGCGCCUCGGGAAGAAAAUAUCUGGCUCCGACAUUAUCGGAUCCCGCAUCCGUUCGAUCGGAGAAAGAUAAGAUUGCGGUAUCGAAGAAAAGAAACAGUAGACCGCCGUCGAUGGUGAAAAAUAAUUUACCCCAUCUAACGGAAAAUACGGAGCAAAGCAGGCAACAAAGGGAAACGUUGAACAACAAGACAACUGUGCCUAAAGUUUCCAGUGUUAUGUUGGAAGUUCGAGAAUGGUGGAAGGAGCAAUUAGCUUACAGCAGUGAAUCUAGCGAAGACGAGGUUUAAAUCUUGUAAGUCGUAUCAUCGAGUAGGAACUAAAUGACCAGAAGCAGAUGGUAAAAGCGAGGAUUCCUAUUUUCAGCAGUAAAAAAAAUCGAAUUUUUUUCUCUAUUCAUACAAGCCUAAAAAUUUUGCAUCGAAUAAGGAGAAAGAAAUCCGAGGAAGAAAAUGUAGUAUGUGCCUAAUACUUUUAAUUUUAAUGGAAACCAAUCACAAACUUUAACAUGUUGAGCUGCUACGUUAGAAUUUUGCUACAUCAAAGAACGGUUUCGUACGCUUUUCGAAUCUUCCGUUCUAUUAUUAUUAGCGUGGUUUGAAGCUCAUCAUGUUAAAGAAAUCGAUUUCUUAAAGAAAAAAAUUGUAAUCGAGAUAUACAUACUCAUUUCGUAUCAAAUGUCGGGGCAUUAUGUGUAAGUAUCGAAGAUUGUCCAUACGAAAAUUUCCUUAAAUUCUUGAAUAUCGACAUAUUUAAAAAAAAAAUGUCGAUAUGUAGAAAAUUUCCUGUGCAUUAUUCAUGUAGCGUCAUUCAUAAUCGAUCAUGUUGUUGGACACAACAUUUUGAAGGUAUAGUGUAUAGUAAACUGUAUAGUGAAUUUUAUAUGAUAUACAAAGUUAAUCAUUGUGCAAGUAAUAUUUGGAUAGCGUUGUUAAUGGCAGCUGUGAGUACAAUUAGCGCAAAAUGCGAUUCGUCGUAGAUACUUUUGUCACGAAGAUGGUCCCGAUGAUCCCUGUGAAAAUGAUAUCCUAGAUUGUCUCGAUUCUUUUUUCCUUAUUAUAAAAAUAUGUCUCGAGAGAGGGCCUAUAUCGUAAUAAAUCUACGCGAAUUGAUUGAUUUGAUAUUGGCGGUUGUAAAAUGUUAGCACACUUAAUGUUGAUGUUACACUGUCUUUGUUACAAUUAGCAGUAAUGCUGUUAUGAAUGGUGCUUUAAGAUAAAACAGUCGUGCAAGACUCGGAGAAAAAUUACUUGACCAAAGAUGUAAUUUAUUUUCAAAUGAAAUCCGACGACUACGUUGUGCAUGUUGAACGUAGGAAAGAUAAUUGGAACAUUUAUAUAUAAUAUUGUCGUGAAUUUUUAUAAUAAGACGAAGAAUGCAUGUGUGUGUGAGUAUGUCAAAUAAAUCCGUCAAAUUUUAUGCGAUCGAUAUUGAUGCAAUAAUACGCACAUACAAAUGAAUUGCUAUGUUAUGCAUUUAUAGAAGCGGAUUUAAUGUUGGAAAUCGCGUUAUAUUUACGUCAAUGUAAAUGAAUGUUGAUGAUUGUUGCUAGUUUAUGUGCCAAUGUGUUGUCUUAUCGAGUAUGGGACAAAUAAAUGUUGUUUAGAUAUCA